AUGAACAGCCUUCCGUUCAUCAACUGUGGCAUUGAAGAGUUGCAACACACUCACAUCGACCUUAAAAACAGUGUCGCCACGGACAAUUAUGAAGAAGUCGUUUUGUACGUUUUUACAUAGAAUAUUCAGAAACUCAAUGAAUAACUUUUUCCGGGUAUUGUAAGAGAAAUUGACAGAAAACUAAAUAUAAUAAUAAUCAUCAAACUUAUUACUUAACUAAAGCACCUUUUCAAUAGCCUUUUUGCAGAGCAUAUUUAAAAGAAGAAGAUUUUUCGAUAAAGGAUACGCAUGGUAAUAAUUUACUUCAUAUUGCUGCUAAAGAAGGUGAGUCUUCCGAAAAAACUUUGAUAUAGAAACUUUUUCAGGACUUCGAACAAUGUGCCGCGGCAUAUGCGCUCUGACCGGAGACCUCGAGUUAUGGAAUCAGAAAAACAAAGAAGGCUUGACACCGAUCGACGUCGCCGACCCGAAGUGGGCUGAAUAAUCUGUUCGAAUGCAAGAUUGGCUGCAGAACUCGUCGAGAUCUGCUGCUCAUCUCAAUGCGAAGCCAAACAGUCCCAUCUCAUCAUUCUCUGGCCAACAGGGAACUAUUGGAAGCGCGGCUCCAGUUUGUCAUCUAACUGGGCCUCAGAAUGCCUUAUUCGUUACAGACAAAGUAAUCCCAACUUCAAAGUGCUUCUGAGUCUCGACGGCGGAGGUGUACGUGCCAUUCUCGAAGCUACGGUAGCUCCUUUCGACAGGCUUUUGUCUAGACAGAUUCCAGAUCAGAUGUUGAUGGCGAUCGAAAAAGAGUUGGGCGAGCCAAUCCUUUCUCGUACUCACUGGCUAGGCGGCACCAGCUGUGGCGGUAUCAUGGCCAUGUGCCUCGGCUGUGGUAAAGAACAUUCUAUUUUGCUGAAACGGAUCGAUGAAAUAGGCAUCUCUCCGGACGAACAACGACGCGUCUUCUUCUACACUCGCAAAAAAACUUUUUGUGGAAACACUAAAAUGUUUCCCAAACACGACUCUGCCGGUCUAGAACAGAACCUGAAAGACAUCAUUGGGUCCUACACGACCAUGUCAUGUCUUGCCACACACAAGUCAGUUUUCCAGUUAUUUCAUGCCGUGUAUAACCAAAACUAUACUUGCGCGCACUAAUCUGAAACUCUUUAGAACUGCUUGGAGUUUGAAGUUACAGAGUAAUGGUGACUGCGGCCAAAUGUCAGUCGGCUCCGCCUUCGCUCAUCCUCUUCCGGACUUACGCCCCGCGAGUCUCCGUCAAGGAGUUCGAGCAGUACGGGUACUUCGACCCUGACAAAAUUCUCGCAUGGAAAGCCAUGCGGUGCACAUCGUCAGCCCCAGCUCCAGCUUUUACAUCAGAAAAAAAGCUUCAGAGCUGCGCCGGUGUACUUCUCGUCGUUCCACGGACUAGCCGACGGCGCCAUCUUCUGCAACAAUCCUUGUACCACUCUCAUGACCGACUUCUUCAAGCUGAAGAAGGUCGAACGGUUCAAGGGAGUUGUGAGUAUUUCAGCCGUUCCUGAACUGCCUCCAUCCUUCUCGCCGACGAGGUGAUCCACAAAAUGUGAAAUUCCAGAGGAACGAUGAUGAAAUCGGCUGCGUCAUUUCGAUUGGAAGCGGCAGCGAGCCAGUGGUGCCUCUAGGCGGUAUCGACAUCAACCUAUCGUUAGCCUAUGUACACGUUUCACAUCCUUAUCCAUCUCAGAAACGCUCUGGCGAUUGGUCGUGACUUCCGCGAGAUUUUCGGCAACGGCAAAAACCUUAUAACUCUUUUUAUGUACCAGUGCACUUCUUCGCACGCUGUGCCCGUGGGUCAGGCUCGAGAAUGGGCCCACUCGCUUAAUAUUCCGUUCUUUCGCUUCUCGCCUAGGCUUUCCCGAGCUUUUGAACUGGACAGCCAUCAAAUAGACGGCAUUUUUGACUUCAUGUUUGAGACCGAGGUACGUACAGCUGUGAUUAAGAAAAGAGCAUAUCGUAAAAAAAAAAUGAGGACGAAUUGGAGGUGUACCUGCGGACACAAGCACGACAAGACAUCGCCGACCUCGUCAAGCUUCUCAAAACGAUGCCGAAAAACGAAUCGCCCAACUACAAAGAUAUUGUCCAUCAUAAUAAAUAA